AUGGAGCCUCCAGGGGUAGUGUGCGCUGUACAUUCAGAUGUGCAGCUCUCCCCAAACCGCAGAUCACCGUGCUCUUGGGCCUCAUCGCGGGACGUCCUGACAGCCCUAUGCACCUCCUGGCAGAAAAUCACGGACCCCCUCAACCUCAGGCCCCUCUCCCGGUCUCACCGCUGCGGCUUCAUGGAAGACAGGAAGUUGUUUGUGGGCAUGCUAAACAAACAGCAGACGGAGGAAGACGUGUACCGCCUCUUCGAACCCUACGGAGUGAUCGAGGAGUGCACGGUCCUAAGAGGUCCGGACGGAAACAGCAAAGGGUGCGCCUUUGUCAAGUUCUCCACGCACACCGAGGCUCAGUCCGCCAUCAGCGCUCUCCACGGCAGCCAAACCAUGCCUGCUUCUCUCCCCCUCAUCAGCUCCCCUCUGCGCCCCCGUAACCUCACUGCAACUGGGGCCGGAGCACAGACCCCCAGCCUCUUUGAUAAGUUCAGACAUGGCAGCCUGCACACAGACCCCUGA